CCAAUCAAGGAAGAGAGUGUGGUACGCAGAGAAUGAGAAUGAGCUGAGGAGGGCUGAAACACACACAAAGGGUCCGGUUCUGCCACUUUACUGGCUUGGCCUGUGAGGAGGAGAUGCACAGCUAGGCUGGAGUACAUGUUGUUUGCUGUUGGAGCCAAGCAAGCUUGGACUUUACCUGAGGAUUUAAACAUCCGUAGGCUGUUGGCUGCUCCAGCUUUCCUCAACGCUGCACUUAUUCUUAAGAGUCCUCCUGAACUCUUAAGCUCUCUGCCAUGUCUGACAACAGAGGGAGCAGGAGUGGGGAAGGAGGGCCCAGCAAUGUGAAACCCAAUGUCAAACCACAGUAUGACCAGAAGUCCAAGAAUGAACAAGGGUCACAGGAGAAGUCAGGAAAAAGUUCUAAGCCUCUUCGGAGGAGCCGCAGCAGUGACUCGGAGCGCCGUGGCAGGCGGAGGGAACGAGAAAGGGAGCAUGGACAAAAGAGAGAGCGGGGUCGAAGUGAAGAAGGGCGACGUCGUGGCCGGGAAAGAAACAGCAAUGGCAAAGGUCACGAAAGGUAUCCAGAGGACAACCUGGAUGACACUGAGUGUCCUGUAUGCUUCUGCACUUACGACAAUGUCUUUAAAUCCCCUAAGCUUCUUGCCUGCGGUCAUACCUUCUGCCUGGAGUGCCUGGCACGAAUCAAUGUUUCCUCAGUGGAGAUCAAGACGAUCUCCUGCCCUGUGUGCCGCGAGCUGACUGAAAUACGCCAUGGUCGAGACCUCCCACAGCUGGGCAACAAUGAGGACAUUUUCCGCAAGCUGCCCCCUCAGAUGCAGAGGGCGCAGUCAGUGCGCUUUGAGCGCAGCAAGGGCAAACUCGUCCUCAAGAAACCUCCUCCAGGAAGCAGACCUAGCAAGAAGAGCCUACAUUUGCAAGGCUUCAAAAAGCAGAGGGAAGUGCAGCCAAGCCAAGAAUUGCCUGCCGGGAUCGCAGAGGAAGGUGCAGUUACCAUAAUCAAUGUGGGGAGACCCCCAAACAGAGUGAGAGGACGUGUGGGGCGGCUCUUCCAGUCCAACCACUGCUACUACGCUCUAGUUGGCUCCAUCAUAGUAGUAACAGUGGCUCUGAUGAUAGUGGGCAUUUUGAGCUUUGUGGCGAUGCCAAACCUGACAUUUGUUGGACGUCCACCUCAACAAGGAACCGAUUUCCACCCCAACCACACUGAUGGGUAGUGGGACAUGCAAACCACCAAAAGUGACUCUUAUACAUAAUCUUUACUUUUACAAGUCUAUGCUGGCCUUAAUUAUGCCUGAUCUGGUAUCCAUGUAAAUUCUACAGAACAAGGGAAGAACACCAUAAAGAAAGUUUUAUCAAACUACCUGGUCAUUAGCAAACUGAUAACUGAGCCAAGGCAAGUUCAGGGGUGAACCAAGCCAAACUAUUCAACAGUGGAUAACACUUAUCCUUCUGAGGAAAGACUAUUCAAAAGAAUGCCACAAUGCACUGCAGAUAAGACUGUGGACCUCUCAAUAUGCGGGAUCUUCUGUAAGAGUAUGAAGGAGGGACUUCAGGACAAAGUGAAAUCACAAAAGCCCUCUGAUAAACCUGGAGAGACCAAGAGCCAAGUUUUCAGAUAGAGAGGCGAAUUCACGUUUCAUACUGUUUAUAUGCACUGCAACUGUUUUGACAAAGAAGAAACAAUGCACCUUGUAACUUUAAAUUACAAACUUUGUAGUUUCUAUUUUCAUUGUAAAUUUAUCUGUACUGCUCAAAUGUAAAACAGCACUGCUUCAAUAAACUACCUGCUUUAUGUUUA